AAAUGAUUCAUUCUACGAGACGCUCGCCAUGUACAACGGAUACCAACUGUUCAAACUUACUCAGUUCUACCGGGACAGAAUAGAACAGGCCAUUGAGGAAGAAGUGGAGGCUGUCAGCUUAAUACUGACAAGGAAGAAAUAUUUCAGCCAGCAGGAACAUCAAAAACUCACUGAGCUCACACACAAUGGGCGGAAAAGAAAAAGCUCCAAACUUCUUCUGAACCUGGUGCUGGGGAAAGGUUCCCGGGCACAGAGAUUGCCGUGGGAAUCCUUUGUGGAAAUGAAACACAGUUUACCCAAACUGCAGAAAAUAAUAACUGAAAUACAGGUGCAAGGUGUCAGUCUAGUAAACCAUGUGAUGAUUGACCGACGUGUACCAAAAGUACACAGCAAUGUGGAAGAAUUCCAGCGACUGCACAAGGAGUCGUUACAGAAACAAUUCGAAAGACUGGAAGUGAAGACCAUCCUGGUAAAGGAGGAGGUGAAGGAGUUUCAACUGGUUGAUCGCUACACUGAGUUAACAAUCAUUUCUGAUCUCCGUCACCGCAAACUGGUCGAACAUGAGCUGCUGGCCAGAGGCAGAGACCACGAGGAGUGGAGGCAGAAGCAUCUCCGGGGAGAGCUGGAAAAAAUCCGAACUGAUAAACUGUUCCACAGCAGCUUCACGAAAGGAAGUCAUUUACUUUCCUGCCAGGGAAGCGGUUCUAACACUCCCGCAGGGACUUCCACAGUCGUGAGUGGAGUAGCAGGGAUUGGAAAAACAACCAUGGUGCAAAAGAUUGUCCACGACUGGGCCACAGGAAAAAUCUAUCCUCAGUUUCACUUCGUUUUUAUUUUUAAAUUUCGAAACCUAAACACUCUUAACUGCAGAAUAACCCUGAGGCAACUAAUCCUGGAUGAGUAUCCUUACCUCAGGGAUGCGCUGGAGGAGCUGUGGAAACACUCAGAGAGAUUGUUGUUUAUAUUUGAUGGUUUGGAUGAGUUCAGGGCAGGGAUUGAUUUCGCUGACAAACGGAGAGCAACAGAGCCUCAACACAUGUGCUCAGACACUGAAUUCUGGUGUGAGGUGUCUGACAUUGUGUACAGUUUAAUACAGAAAAGGCUGCUGCCAGGAUGCUCAGUGCUGGUGACUAGUCGCCCCACUGCCUUACAUUUACUGGCAAAGGCUCAGGUCAGUGUCUGGGCUGAAAUCCUGGGAUUUGUAGGUGAAGAGAGAAGGGGAUAUUUUCAGAAGUUCUUUGACGAUCAGGGGGUGGCGGCUGCUGUUUACAGCCACGUGGAGGAUAACGAGCUCCUGUUCACCAUGUGCUACAACCCGUCGUAUUGCUGGAUCCUCGCUCUGUCUCUGCGUCCCUUCUUUACACGGAAACAGAGCAACAAACAGCAAGUUCCCACGACAAUAACACAACUCUUCUCCUAUUAUAUUUACCAUAUUCUAAAACAUCACACUGUAGAAAUGGAAAUCCCCCGUGAUGUGAUCAUGAAGAUUGGUGCCAUGGCCUUAAAAGGCGUCUCCCAGAGAAACAUUGUCUUUAGUAAUGAAGAUCUUAUCCAGUCUGACCUCCAACCAUCCCAGUUCCUCUCUGGCUUUCUCACGGAACUUGUGGAGAGAGAGAAUUCAGAGCAUUGUUUGCUCUACACAUUCCCGCACCUCACCAUCCAGGAGUUUGUAGCGGCACUCGAUGAGUUCCUGUGUCCAGAUCCAAGAACCAUCAGAAUAUGUCUGGAUGAUGCUGAAAGGGUGGAGGACGGUCGGUUUGAGAUAUUUCUGCGCUUUGUUGCGGGUCUCUCCUCCCCACGGGCAGCUCAGCCACUGGAGGAUCUUCUGGGCCCAUUUGUCCAUCAGACAACCUGCACGGUAAUCGAUUGGCUGAAGGAGAAGGUUAAAGCUCAAGUGGGAGAUACAAAGACAGUUACUGGGAAACGGAAGCUGCUCAACACCCUCCACUACCUGUUUGAAUCUCAGAAUCAAGCCCUGGCACAUCUCACAUUGGGAAGUGUACAAACACUCACAAUAGGUGAUCCUUUUCCAGAAACAGCAUUGCGACUGGCACCCAUAGACUGUGUCGUGCUGUGUCAGGCCAUUGGUCUGUGUGACACAAUAAAUCUACUGGACCUGACCAGCUGCUACAUCCAGGAUGAGGGACUCCAGCGUUUGGUUCCUGCUCUGCACAAGUGUCAGGAGCUGUGGCUGAAGUACAAUAAUCUGGGAGAGUUUGGAGUGAAGCGACUGUGUGAGGCUCUUAGGAAACCGGACGGUAAAAUACAGAGACUGGAGCUGGGAGGCAAUAACCUGGGAGAUUCUGGAGUGAAGCGACUGUGCGAGGCUCUGAGGAACCCGGAGUGUAAAAUACAGAGCCUGGGUUUGCAGGAUAACAGACUGACAGCUGAUUGUGCCGAUGAUCUCGCCUCCGCUCUUAAUACAAACCGCUCACCGACGGAGCUGUACAUGAAUAAUAAUAAACUGGGAGACACUGGAGUGAAGCGACUGUGUGAGGCUCUGAGGGACCCGGAGUGUAAAGUACAGAUUCUGGAGCUGAAAAGUAACAAUCUGACAGCUGAUUGUACCGAGGCACUGGCCUCCGUCCUCAGCACAAACCACUCACUGACGGAGCUGGGCCUGCGGAGUAAUGCACUGGGAGAUUCUGGAGUGAAGCGACUGUGUGCGGCUCUCAGGAAAACGGCGUGUAAGUUACAGACACUGAGGCUGCAGGAUAACAGUCUGACAUCUGAAUGUACCGAGGAUCUGGCCUCCGCUCUAAUCACAAACCACUCAAUGACGGAGCUGAACCUGUACAACAAUAAACUGGGAGAUUCUGGAGUGAAGCGACUAUGUGUGGCUCUGAGGAACCCGGAGUGUAAAGUACAGAUACUGAGGCUGCAGGAUAACAGUCUGACCGCUGAUUGUACAGAGGAUCUGGCCUCCGUUCUCAGUACAAACCACUCACUGACGGAGCUGAACCUGAAUAGUAAUAAACUGGAAGAUUCUGGAGUGAAGCGACUGUGUGAUGCUCUGAGGAACCCGCAGUGUAACAUACAGAUUCUGGAGCUGAGCAGUACCAGACUGACCGAUGGCUGCACUGAUGAUCUGGUCUCCGCUCUCAGUACAAGCCGCUCACUAAGGAUCCUGAACCUGGUCUACAACUCCUUCACAGACGCCUCUGUCCCCGCUCUCCGCCGUCUCAUACUGACCUGCACCAGCCUGGAGGAGAUCAAGCUGUGGAGGAAUAGAUUCAGUUCAGAUGGACAGAAUCAGCUGUUGUCACUGCGGGGAUACAGAGCUGGACUGACAGUGAGUGUGUGACACUGACAGAGGCAGUGACUGUACGCAGUCUGUGUAAUAUGGAAAAUAUUGCGGACACUGUAAUGAUUGAUUAUUAAAGAUGUUAAUCCUGAUUCCUCUCC